AUGGUUCCGCGGCGGGCGGGGACAGCGCGGGGGGAGCGCGGCCCCUUUAAGAGCGGCGCCGCCAUGAUCUGCCUGGUGCUGGGGCUCUUCGCCGGCCUCUUCCACAAUGCCCUCGGCGGGGUCCAUGAACGAACAUUCGUGGCCAUCAAACCGGACGGGGUGCAGCGGCGCCUGGUGGGGGAGAUCAUCCGGCGCUUCGAGAGGAAGGGGCUGCAGCUGGUGGGGAUGAAGCUGCUGCAGGCCUCGGAGGAGCUGCUGAAGGAGCACUACAGCGCCCUGCGGGACCGGCCCUUCUACGGCCGCCUGGUGAAGUACAUGAGCUCCGGGCCCAUCGUGGCCAUGGUCUGGCAGGGCCUGGAUGUGGUGAAAACCGUUCGCUCCAUGAUCGGGGAGACCAACCCAGCUGAGUCCAGGCCUGGCACCAUCCGAGGAGACUUCUGUGUUGAAGUUGGCAAGAACGUGAUCCAUGGCAGUGACUCAGUGGAGAGUGCCCAGCAGGAGAUCUCGCUGUGGUUCCGGCCCGAGGAGCUGCCGUGCUGGGAGGACACGGCUGCACACUGGAUCUACGAGUGAGCAGCAGGCCCAGGGCAGCUCAUCCUCCUGCUGGGACACAGCACAUUUCCAUCCAUCUCCUGGCAGCUGCUGGGCUGGCUGCACAUCCUCUUGGGAUUCCUCUUCUGCCUGUGGAUGCUGGGAGCUGGGCUGUGUGUGGAACUCUGCUUCAGCUCCUGCCAAGGGCAGCUCUUUCUUUUUUUUUUCUCUCUGCUCUAGUAAGUAGUUGGUAUUGUUGCUCUGUUUGCUGCAGCAUCUUAAAUCCCAGGUAGCUCAAGUUGAUUAAUUGUAGCAAAACUUGGGCUCUUGGCCCUUUCCUGGGUGUUCUCAUCCCUGCCUGGAGCAGGAGAAUGCGUUUUCCUUGCUGCUGGGAGAGGUGCUGGUCACAAGGUGAUGGGCUUGACAAUUUACCUGCUUUUCUAGAAGGCUUUUCACCAAAGGCUCUUAAAAAACCAGGCUGCUGUAGGAUAAGGGAGCAAAUUCUCAGUUUGGAGUUCAUUCCUAGGCAAGGAAUGAAGGAUGGGACAGUUCUCUCUCCCUUGGUGGGAGCCCUGGGUGCUGGGCUGGCAAAAGCUCACCCAGUUUCUGAUGUGAUGAGUGAGUCCAUGGAAGGAAGAUUCUCCAAAUGCUGCUAAACACACAAUUCCUCAGGCUCUGCUUCCUGGGCUGUGGCUGUGAGUUGGAAGCAGCUCCUUCAGGCCUGCUCUGGUUCCCUGGGGCUGCAUGGCCCUGACCCAGCCUGACACCAGACUGUCCCUCCCUGGUCACUGAUGUGAGGCAGCAGCCACAGGAACAGAAGGGGAGAGGGAGGCAGGGAAGGGUUUGUGGAUGUGGGGCUCAGAUUUAGGGGAGUAUUCAGCUCUCUCUUGUGCAGAGACUGUGGAGUCCUGGCACUGAGCUCUGGAAAGUGCCAGGAUCUUCCUUGUCCCCCUGAGAGCUUGCAGAGGAGCUUUCCUGCUGGGAGGGUAUCUGGAAACCAGUUUGUAAUGGGCUGGACAUCACCUGUGAGCUGUCCCUGGGCCACCCAGCUCCUCAGAGCUGUGUCUGAGCUCCCUGUGCAGCCUCACCACAGCAAAAGGACAGGGACAGUGAUACAGAGUCCUGCCAUGGAACAGGGACAUGGUUAAACCAAGGGAACAAGAUCCCAGGGCUCUCCUGUGUGCAGGAUGAGCUUGCCCUGUGCCCUGGAAGCCUGUCCCUCUGGGUGCUCAGCUUUGUAGGUGCUGGGGAAUGGGGGCAGCUCUGGGGGAGCAGAGUGAGGUCACCCUCAGCCCUGCUCUGUGCUGGCCCCAGGUGUGGGGCUGAGCAGGGCAGGGGUGGGAGGUGUCCCCCAGUGAGUGGGGCUGUCCAGCUGCCUCAGCCAGGGCUCCUCCUGCCUUGGGGCCUUCUCCAAGCACUGUGCCCAGCUCUAAGUACCUGACAGAUCCCAUUGCUCCUGGAACUUGUCCACUUGGCUGAACCUGGAGUCUGGCUGCAGGAGAAGGCACUGGUGAAGACUGAGGUGGGAGGAAGGCUGUUGUAAUCUUCGCUGCAGUGUUGUUCUUGCCUCUCUGCUGGGGCUCUUCUCCAUUCUCUGCAGCACAGCCCUUCCUGCCUUCUCAGAGGCUCUUGACCCACCCCUAUUUAUUUCAGUUACCUUCACCAGCUACAGCUGCUGCCCAACUAAGGACCCUGCAGCUGCAGCUCGUUUGGAGCAACUCGGACUCACACAGAUCCCACAAUACAAGAUAUAUUCAGGCCCCCACAGAAGGCCAUGUUUGUUGUUUAACAGAUUCAUUGAGAAGAGCUGCUGGUACCAAGAGCUGCCAGCUCUGACACAGGAAAGCUCUGCCCAAAUAGCUGAGCUUCAUCUCCUGCCAGUGCCUCCUCCUGAAGGAUCCCUCUUCUCCCUGUCUGCACAGACAAAACUGAAGAUGCCUCCUGGUUCAAAGUGCACUGAACUCCAGUCAGAUACAGACCUGACUCACUGAGACACAAUCCCAGCCUGCCCUCCCCUCUCUGUGUGUGUAGGUUUGGUGUCUGCCAUGACCUUGUCCUGCUCUGGGGCACAAUGGAGCAGCAGCUACAGGGAAAGGGCCCCCACAGACCCUGCCAGGAGCUGAGCUGUGCCUGCUGUUCCUCGAGCCCCUGGGGACUUUUAAUUGCUUUGCAUGUUGGUUUCUGCUGCUUCUCCUCUGUCCAAGACUGUGUUAAACUGUAACAAUAAAUGUAGAAGCUGUC